CAUCACAGCGUCUCUUUCUUCCCUUGUUAAAUUACAUUCCCACUUAGAGAAGCUCUCAGAGCGCACAGCCACUGAUUGCAGGAGAAACUUUGCCCUUUAACGUUUGGCAGAAAAAAAGAUGACAACGAACGGAAUGAGAAGCAGCGCAGCGGUCUGCGUCCUGAACGAAUACCCUCAGAAAGCCAAAGAGAUGGAGGGACGGGGCCACUGGGGGACCAAGGCGGAGUACAUCCUCACAGUCACAGGAGCAAUUAUCGGGCCUGGAAAUAUUUGGAGGUUUCCUUACCUAUGUUACAAAAACGGUGGAGGAGUGUUUUUCAUCCCAUACAUCUUGUUUAUAUUUACGUGUGGCAUACCCCUGUUCUUCCUGGAAACUGCGCUGGGGCAGUACACCCGUCAGGGAGGAAUCACAUGCUGGCGUCAGAUCUGUCCACUUUUUCAAGGCCUUGGCUAUGCCAGUCACCUAAUCAUCGCUUUCACUGCAACUUCUUACAUCAUGAUCCUCACCUGGGCGUUCUUUUACCUGUUCUCAUCCUUUGGUUCACAUUUACCUUGGGCUUCAUGUGGGAAUUACUGGAACACAGACUCAUGCUUUGACAGCCAUCUGAAUCUGAGCAUGAAAUCCAAAGUGAACACUACCCUCCCAGUCGUGGAGUUCUGGAAUCGAAGAGUUUUAAAGAUUUCUGGUGGGAUCAACGAGUUGGGUGGACUAAGGUGGGAACUAGCACUGUGCCUCAUCCUGUGUUGGAUCAUCUGCUACUUUUGUGUCUGGAAAGGAAUAAAGUCAACAGGAAAGGCAGCAUACUUUACAGCCACCUUUCCCUAUUUUAUGCUGUUUAUUCUGCUGAUAAGAGGUGUUACUUUGCCAGGAGCUCUGGAUGGGAUUAUUUAUUAUGUCUACCCUGAUAUUUCUCGUCUCUCAGAUCCUCAGGUGUGGAUGGACGCUGGUACUCAGAUCUUCUUCUCAUAUGCCAUCGGUCUUGGUUUUCUCACUUCUCUUGGGAGUUAUAAUACCUACAACAAUAACUGUUAUAAGGACUGCUUUUACUUGAGUCUGCUGAACAGUGGAACCAGCAUUGUGGCUGGUUUUGCCAUUUUCUCUGUUUUGGGCUUCAUGACAUAUGAACAAGGCGUGGAUAUUUCUGAAGUGGCAGAAUCAGGCCCUGGGUUGGCAUUUAUUGUCUACCCACGUGCUGUGGCCAUGAUGCCUAUGCCUCAGGUUUGGUCAGUGUGUUUCUUCCUCAUGAUUAUACUGCUUGGACUAGAUAGCCAGUUUGUUGGUAUAGAGUGUGUGAUGACAUCCCUGGUUGAUCAUUUCCCUUCCUACCUGAAUCAAGGCUACAGGAGGGAGCUGCUCCUGCUGGUUAUCUGCUGUGUCUCCUGCCUGUUUGGACUCUUACUAGUUACUGAGGGCGGGGUUUACUUGCUCCAGCUGUUGGACCACCAUGUCUGCAGUGGCAGCACCUUGCUGAUCCUUGCGUUCUGCCAGUCUGUUAGUAUUGGAUGGGUUUAUGGCACAGACCGUUUUUAUGACAACAUCACAGAGAUGAUUGGUUACCGUCCCUUUCCAUUCAUGAAGUACUGCUGGCGGUACAUCACUCCUCUUGUUUGCUUUGGAACCUUCAUCUUCUCCAUUAUCAAAUAUACUCCACUAAAGUUCAGUAACUCCUACGAAUAUCCACUAUGGGCCAAUAUCUUGGGCUGGUUUUUUGCCACAGUCUCUCUUUCUCUCAUCCCACUGUUUGUGCUUUUUAAAUUAAUCCAAGGACAAGGCACACUUCGACAGCGUUUCGUAUCGCUCUGUAAGCCUGUUGCUACCUUGGAUCAAAUAUGUCUGCCGCCGAAAUGCAACAACAACAGCAGCAACCCUCAUAUACGGACCUCAAACUUCUGACCCACGCAGCUUAAGUCACUAAGCUGACACCAAAAAAAUGCACAAUUUACUGUCUAGCAGCAUGUGUGAUCCAGAUUUGAUUUUAUCAAAUGUUGGGGGAAACAAAAUCCUUUAAAGUGACUUAGAUAAAUGUGGGAAUCAGCCAUUCAAUGUAACUAAUUAUCCAUCCAUUGCCAUGGGAGUAAGUUGGUACCUACCUCUAGUGGUCAUAGGUCAAGAUACAGGGUACACCCUGGACUGAAUCCAGAUUAUUUAGCCAAAGAAGCAAAUUAUAAGGUACAGUAAGCAUAUUGCUAGUCCCUCAAGCUUUGCAGGUGAAAUAAUUAUACGAAUAAUAUGAAUGACAGGUUUGAUGUUUUAAUCAUGAUAACUCAUAACAGGUUCAAACACUUUACAUUUUUUUUUAUUUAAAAAAAGUUUGUUAGGGGAUGUUAAGCAUUGCUUUAUUUAAUUCAGUUUGCAAGAUUCACACAAAUACGUGAAUAAGCUAAGCAUGCAUGAAUGAUCAAUUAAAUAUAAUAUUGCCUGCAGUCAUUCAUGCCGAAUCAUUAUGUAAGAAUCAUUACUCAGCAAACUUCCCAACAAGUAUUCCAAGUUAAUUCUUUUUUUUUGCCUCGCAGCAAAACACUAAGUCAACUGUUCAUCGCUUAAUAUGCCCCCUCUUACAUUUCUCUCCGAUCAUUCAAUAUGCCACAUCAAGGCUCAGUUAUGUACUGAUUUUCAAUUUACAAGAGUCCUGAAAGGUUUACAGGUUAUUACCAAGGGUAUGAUAUAACUUUAUAGAUGUAUUUAAAACUGACAAAUGUAAAAAUAACAAAGCAGGCUUCGUUAUCAUUCAUAUUCGUUGUCAUUACUUUCAAUAAUUAUUAUACGGUUUAAAAGUCAUGGACAAUUUGCCACUAAUGAGAUAAAAUAUUUUUAUAAUCUGUUUUCAACUGGAUUUGAGGUUUGAACUAAUUUUAAGAGGUAUAUUCUUAUUUUGUUGGAGCUUUUAAGAGUUUUUCUAUAUUUUAUGCUUGUCUCUUUAGAAAUAAAAGCAUGACUAACUAUUGUUCUGUGUGUCAGUCGGUCCAGAGGGAACGAUAUUUUUGAACACUACCUCAGAUGUUUUUUUUUCAAGAUCCAACAUGAAUCUUUUUAU